CCUCUUUGUUUUAAUUUCUUUGAGGAGCUGUUUAAUGUUUAGUAGUCUUUUGUGCUGAUUUAGGAGCUGCUCUGCUGGAAGAGCGAAUCUCUGCCCUAAAGGAAGCACUGGCCAUGAAGCAGGCUGCUGUGCAGGAGCUGGAGGCAACCAAGCAAACUUUGCUGGAGGACCUGAAGACUGCGAUGGUGGCCAGGAGCCGGGUGCUGGAGCUGGAGGAGGAGGUGCAGCUGCUCACCAGACAGCGGGACAGCCUGGGCCAGGAGCUGAGUGCAGUCACUACCCAGCUGGAGAAGGAGAAGGCCAAAGUGGAGAGCACACUGAGGCACGAGAAGUCCCUGCAGGCCAAGCAGAGCACCCUGCUGCAGCAGCUGGACAGCCUGGACCAGAAGCGUGAGGAGCUGCAAGCUAGCCUGGGGGAGGCUGAGGAGAACAGAGCCCGGAUGGCAGAGCAGCUGCAGGAGAGCCAGAAGCAGAAGGAGCAGAGCAUCCACCAGCUACGAGUGCAGCAGGAGUUGCUGGACACGUUGCAGCAGGAGAAGCUGAGCCUGGAGCAGUGCAUCUCCAAGCUACGGGAGAAUGUCUCUGGGCUGGAGGAGCAGACAAAGGAGCUGAAGGAGCGGGAGAAACUCCUGGUGUUCUUCCCUGAGCUCCACAUCCCCGUUGAGACACAGUUUGAGAGCACUGGGAACAUCACUGAAGACAUGGAGAAGCAGCUGCAGGCCAACCACAUCAGGAUCGGUGUGCUGGAGCAGGAGAACAUGAGGCUCAUGGCUGCGCUGGCCAAGGUGAAGGCAGCAGCUCAGCAGGGCGUGCUGCAGCACAUCCCACAGACCCAGCUGUGGACUCAGCUCAGCAGUCAACGUGGAGGGGAGGCUGCAGGACCCCCGAGCAGCCAAGGCAGCGGAGAUGGCACAGGAUCACAAAGAGCCACCAGCAAGGCCUGGCAGCGAUCUGGGGGCAGCCAGCAACAUCAGCUGCUCCCAGCAGAACCUGCACGUGAGGCCAGAGCCUGCAUCACGCUGCCAGCAAAGGGCCUGGCGCUGGCUCCCCACAAGCCCAGAGGGAGCAGCAGUACAACGAGAGCACACCACAUCUUGCACCGCAAAUAGCUGCUUGGGUAACUGAGGAAGAGAUGAAGCAUUAAUGAGCAGCACACAGCUACUCCCUUUAUCCCUGCAGGACCUCGUUACCUGUUGCAAACAUGAAGGUACAUUCCCUUGGGAAACUCCGUCUGCCUGCCUGUUGUUCU